AUGAAGGAAACACGUCUCACCUUGGGAGAACUUAAUACCCUAUUAUGUCAAGUGGAGGCAUGUAUAAAUUCAAGACCGAUAACACCACUCAGUAGUAAUCCAUCAGAUUUGGAAGUGCUGACUCCAGCACAUUUUCUAAUCGGUGCACCUUUAUUCCUAGCACCGAAAGUAGAUCUGACUGAGAGAUCUCCAAAUGGAUUACGCCGGUGGAAGUAUGUACAGUAUCUCAUGCAGAGUUUUUGGAAACGAUGGGAAAAGGAAUAUCUGCCUCAGCGUCAGGUUCGUGGGAAAUGGGUUACAAAUAUUAGACCCUUGGAAAUCGAUGAUGUAGUGAUAGUGAAAGGAGAAAGCACACAUCCUACAAGAUGGAAGCUAGGGAGAAUAACCGAUCUACACCCAGGGAAGGACAAGGUCAUACGAGUCGCUACAGUGCGAACAGCAAAUGGGACAGAAAUGCGUAGGCCUACUGUCAAACUAUGUCGCCUUCCUAUACAAGAAGAUGACAUGACUGUUGAAAACCAAUAA